AUGAGCACGCAGUCAACCAACAACUUAUGGCUUGUCUUCUACCACGAGGGGUUUUCUCUUCGCUCUUUUCUCUAUGAGGUUCUAUCAAAGUGCGAUUCCAUCCGCUACACGGUGUCACGGAUGUAUGAGGAGAGCGAGAGAAGUGCAAGUCUCACAGGAGGGCGUAGGUGGAAGGACCUGCGAACGUCAAGGAGAGGAGAGGAGACUCUGCGGGAGUUGAUGCGGCAGCUGCUCGAGGGCAUCGCCGACUGUCAUCGUCGGAAUGUGACGCAUCGCGAUCUCAAGCCGGAGAAUCUCAUCCUUCACACGCUGAGCCAGGGCGAGCAGGCGGACUCCUCCUCUCCUCUCCUCAAACUCGCUGACUUUGGCAGCGCCAUUGACACCUACGCGCUGAGACAUCUAUACGGGAAGGAGGGUCCCUCAAUCCUGGACGAGACGCUGGACUACGCGCCUCCGGAGGUCCUCUUCGGUGAUGGCGUCCCCAUGUCGCUCAUGCGCCCCGCGAGCUACGACAUGUGGUCGGUCGGCGUCAUCUUCCUCGAGAUCGUCCUCGGCUCCUCCAAGGUCUUCCAAGUCGACGCCAGGACUCGCGCAAUAAUCGAUCAGAAGCUGAGGACCUCAAGCGCGGCGGUCAGGCAGCAAGCCUAUCUCUUCCGCGCCAUGAUCGUCUACUGCAUCUACCCACCAAUGCCUAGCGCCAAGAGCCACUCCCAGCAGAGCAGGAGUGCGCUUGUGCCGUCAAAGUGCUCAGAUGAGCACAUGCACGAGCUGCUUCGGAGCAGAGACCCUCUCCUGCUGGGCCUCCCCAACAUCUGGGCAGUGAAGCUCGUCCGCCGACUCCUCGCAUGGAACGCAGAGUCUCGCAUCACCGCAGAGCGCGCGUUGCAGCAUGCGUACUUCACCACAGAUGGGACAGGCUUUACAUGCGCGUCCGUUGGGCGAGGAAAGGACACCUCGAGCGCGUGGGAGUUUGAGGACGAAGCGUUUGAAAAUUGUUAUGGAUGA